ACGCGAAAAAAGUUGACGGAGUUUCCGAAGAACAGAGGAGAGGGAAAGACGAUGAAGAUCCGUGAGAAGUUCAGGGCACGCACGCAAAGAGAGGGGCUGUAUUACUUGUUAGGUAAUGGGAAGGGUAAGUUGGUCAUUUCACAAUAUUCCUCUCAAUUAAGAGGCUGAAUUCAAAGCUCGUGGGAAUGCAACUGCAUCAUCUUCAUCGGACUCACACCAAUCGUUCAUUCCCAUUUGCAUAGCUUCUUCAGCCAUGGCCAUGGACCUUCCCUUGGAUUCCAUGGCCGCUUCCAUUGGAGUCUCUGUCCCUGUCCUUCGCUUCCUACUCUGCUUCGUCGCCACCAUUCCCCUCAGCUUCCUCUGCCGAGUGCUCCCCCGUGGUCUCCCCAAACACCUUUACUCCGCCGUCGUCGGUAUCGUUCUCUCUUACCUCUCCUUUGGCUUCUCCUCUAACCUUCACUUCCUCGCUCCAAUGUUACUCGGCUACGCUGCCAUGCUCCUCUAUCGUCCCCGAUGCGGCAUCAUCACCUUCUUCACCGGAUUCGGAUACCUCAUUGGGUGCCACGUGUAUUACAUGAGUGGCGAUGCGUGGAAGGAAGGUGGCAUCGAUGCCACUGGGGCUUUGAUGGUUUUGACGCUCAAGGUCAUCUCGUGUGCAAUUAAUUACAACGAUGGGUUGUUGAAAGAGGAGGGUUUGAUUGAGGCUCAGAAGACAUACCGCUUGAUUAAAAUGCCUUCGUUGAUUGAGUAUGUUGGUUACUGCCUCUGCUGUGGGAGUCACUUUGCCGGUCCUGUUUAUGAAAUGAAGGAUUAUCUUGAUUGGACUGAAGGAAAAGGGAUUUGGAGUUCUGAAGCAAAAGGACCAUCGCCAUCGCCUUAUGGGGCGACUGCUCGAGCACUUCUCCAAGCUGGUUUUUGCAUGGCCAUGUAUUUAAAGCUUUCGCCUCAUUUUUCUCUGUCCAUGUUUACUGAUCCUACAUACCAAGAAUGGGGAUUCUGGAAAAAGUUGGGUUACCAGUAUAUGUCUGGAUUUUCGGCACGGUGGAAGUAUUAUUUCAUUUGGUCAAUUUCAGAAGCUUCUAUUAUCAUCUCUGGCCUGGGUUUCAGCGGUUGGACUGAUUCGUCCCCGCCAAAACCACGCUGGGACCGGGCCAAAAAUGUAGAUGUAUUGGGUGUUGAGUUUGCAACGAGCGCAGUUGUGAUUCCAACUGUGUGGAAUAUACAAGUCAGCACCUGGCUUCGUCAUUAUGUUUAUGAGAGGCUUAUUCAGAAUGGGAAGAAACCAGGUUUCUUUCAGCUACUUGCCACCCAGACCGUUAGUGCUGUUUGGCAUGGCUUAUACCCUGGAUACAUCAUAUUCUUUGUUCAGUCAGCAUUGAUGAUUGCUGGUUCUAAAGUCAUAUACAAAUGGCAGCAAGCUAUGCCUCCAACAAUGGCUCUGGUUAAAAAUGUAUUGGUGUUUAUGAAUUUUGCUUAUACACUUUUGGUACUAAAUUACUCUUGCGUUGGUUUCAUGGUAUUAAGUCUGCAUGAAACUCUUGCCUCUUAUGGAAGCGUGUAUUACAUUGGAACUAUUGUUCCUGUUGUUAUCAUUCUUCUUGGUCACAUUAUAAAACCUGCCAAGCCUGUCAGAUCUAAAGCUCGGAAGGAACAGUGAGGUAGACGAAGCUAUUUAUUCUCUUUUGAAUUUUUGAAAUCAGAUUAGGAUAAUGCCAGAGAAUGUGCUUCCUGUGUCAGGUUUCCUGCCCUUAGUUUCAAUCUUUUGUAACAGUUCCUUUGGUUCUGAAAUGGCUGGGCCUUUUCAUACUAUUAGCUUUAGCGUUGAAUUGUAUUUCUGCUAUUAGAGAACAUCUUUUUAGCAGGUUUGAUAAAAGCAGUUUUUGAAGAGAUGUUAUAAACGUGUAUUUUUGUGAUUUCUGUGCUCUGAUGGCUCUGAUUUCCGACAAUUACUGCAAGGAAUUCUAUAUUUCAAAUCUUAGCUAUAGAGAAAUAUGAAGAAACUAUGAUGUGUGAUGGCAUAACUGCACUAUUUAUUUCUCAACACCCUUAAUUUGUUGUCAUCUUGUACCCAAAUGGUGCCUGCCUAAUUGGACAGCAAGUAAGGGCAAUGGUGUUGAGAAGUUUUUGGAUAUGCGCUGCCUAUUAUAGGUCUAAGAAUUUAAUUUUCUUAGAAGUGCAUUUGUUAGAAAAUUGACUGGGACUGUGCUUACCUAAGAAUGAUAUAUCUCAAUUGUGUAGGUUUAGAAUGUCCUGGAAAUCUUUUUUGCCUUAAGACUGGAUCAGAUACUAUGACAAGUUGAGCUAGUAUUCUACUGCAUGUUGGGCCUGUAAUUGCCUAUUGUCAGUGUUCGCAAACCAUGCCAAUGGAAAAAACCUUAAAAAUGUUUUUAGUC